AUGUUCAAAUUAGCUUUGAAACUCAGUCUUUUCUUUAAAUUAAUUUUUUUAAUCCACUUUAUUAUUAAAAUCGUCGUCGCAUCUAAACCAGCUGAUCAUCACGAUUUUAAUGUCCUUAGAUCAAACACCACAGACGAAACAUCGUACUCACCUCUUACAGACUAUAUGUAUCAACCAGAAGAACAAGAAUCAAAAUACGUGCUUUCAAUUGAACCCGACGGCAAUGAACUCGAGUCCGAUGCAAAUAUGCUCGAACCUCACGAAAUUGAACUUGAAUCUGACGGUACUGAUAUUUUAUUUGCAGAUGAUGACGACGGAAUAAAUGCUGCGCAACGUUUCAAUAGAAGAGCUGUGCGACGUCGAUGCCGAUCAACUUGCGUAAAUGUAUGCGAAUAUCGUCGCCGCCGUUACCGUCGUUAUCGUUCUCGUCGAGGUCGUGAAGAAUGUAUCUCGGUUUGUAUUGAAGAAUGUUACCGUCGUUAUAGAAGACGUUUCGGAAGAGAUGGUGGGGGUUUUGGUAGAAGGGGAAGGGGAAUUUAA